AUGGAGGGGGUUCAGCCUCCACGAGUCUGGUCCCGUCAGUUCAACAUCUGCAGUGAGAAGGAAGCGGAGGUGAGCAAAGCUAACGCAUUACGUUAUGGCAUCACCAACAACCUGCAGCCCUAUAUGCCUAAUGUGUGUGUGGAGAGGGAGGUGACGCUGGUCGCCCAGAGGCAGCCGUGCGUGCAGGCCUUCACACGCAUGGUUAAAGUGUGGAAGCAGGGCUGUGUGGGACAGUCAUGGUGCAUGGGAUACGAGAGGAGGACAGCGUACUACACUGCAUACAGACAGGUCUACAGACAGGAUUACCAGACAGUGUACAAGUGUUGCCCAGGAUGGUCUCAACUCAAUGGAGAAGCAGGCUGUCUUUAUCCGGUGUGCAGCUAUGGCGUCUGCUUCAAUGGGGGCCAGUGUCGGGUGGGAUCCACGCAGCUCUGCGACUGUCCUGCAGGGUUCAACGGGCCCAGCUGUCAAUAUGAUGUGAAUGAAUGUGAGGAGACCAACGGAGGCUGUGAAGCUCUCUGCUGUAACACCAUAGGGAGUUUCUACUGCAGGUGUCCCCCUGGCCUGAAACUCAAUGAAGACGGCAAAACCUGCCAAGAUAUUGAUGAGUGCCAGGUCCAUAAUGGAGGCUGCCAACACAGAUGUGUGAACACCAGAGGCUCCUACUACUGCGAAUGCAACCCGGGCUCUCGCCUGCAUGUGGACGGACGCACUUGUCUGGUGACCCAUUCAUGCGCCAUCAGCAACGGAGGAUGUGAACACUACUGUGUGCAGCAGUCGGCCGCUCACUUCCGCUGCCGUUGCAGGCCGAACCACAUCCUAGCAGAGGAUGGCAAGCAUUGCAUACUGCAGAAUCCCUGUGCAGAUCAGAAUGGAGGCUGUAUGCACGACUGUCGGGUUGAUGGUGGCAAAGCUCACUGUGACUGUAAAGUUGGUUUCAUGCUGGCUGAAGAUGGGAAGACGUGUGAAGAUAUCGAUGAAUGUGAGACGGAGGAAGCCAACUGCGCUCACGGCUGCCACAACACGCUGGGCUCGUUCGCCUGUGUGUGUAACACGGCCUACGAGCUGGGGUCUGAUGGAAAACAGUGCUACAGGAUUGAGAUGGAGAUUGUGAACAGCUGUGAGAAUAACAACGGCGGCUGCUCACACCACUGCCAACAUUCAACCAGUGGGCCCGUUUGCUCCUGUAACCAUGGUUACAGACUGGAUGAUGACCUUAAAACUUGCGUUGACGUGGACGAGUGUGGGGAGCAGAUCUCCUGCUGUGAGCAGGACUGCACCAACUACCCCGGGGGUUACGAGUGUUACUGCUCAGCGGGGUACAGACUCAACUCAGACGGAUGUAGCUGUGACGAUGUAGACGAGUGUCUGGCCGUUAACGGUGGCUGUGAUCACACAUGCCAGAACAGCGCGGGUUCCUUUCAGUGUUUCUGCCGCCGGGGUUUCCGUCUGGACGAGGACCGGCAAUCCUGUAUCCCUCUAGAAGAUGCAGUUGAAGCUCUGUCCAGUGGGGGAGCCAUCGAGCUGCCUCUCAUUCGCCCCCAGCUCACCUUGAUGCAGGACUACAACCAAGCUCUGGAGCGCUUCGAUGACUACGAAGACGACGAGGGGGAGCUGAGGGCCGAGAGCAACCUGGCAGAGAAAUUCGUUUGUUUGGACGACACGUUUGGAAAUGACUGCAGUUUGACGUGUGAUGACUGCUCUAAUGGAGGAAAAUGUAACCCCUGGAAAACUGGCUGCGACUGCCCCGAUGGAUGGACAGGCAUAGUCUGCAACCAGACAUGCUCAGAGGGAUAUUUUGGGAAAAACUGCUCCUUCCCCUGUAAGUGUAAGAAUGGAGCUAGCUGUGAUCCAGUCACAGGGAGCUGUCGCUGUCCACCAGGUGUCAGCGGGGACUUGUGCCAAGACGGCUGCCCUAAAGGUUUCUAUGGGAAGCAGUGCAAUAAGAAGUGCAACUGUGCCAAUAAUGGGCGCUGCCAUCGAACCUACGGAGCCUGUCUUUGUGAUCCUGGACUGUACGGACGAUUCUGCCACCUCCCCUGUCCUAAGUGGACUUUUGGUGCCGGCUGCUCCGAGGAGUGCCAGUGCGUGCAGAAGAACACACUUGAGUGUCACCGUCGCCAUGGCACCUGUGUGUGCAAGCCUGGUUACCAAGGGAACACCUGCAAGGAAGAGUGUAACCCUGGUACUUAUGGAGCUGGCUGUGAGAAGAAGUGCUCCUGUUCACCUGGAGUAUCAUGCGAUCAUGUGACUGGGGAAUGCCAAAGAAAAUGUCCACCUGGUCGCCAUGGAGAGAACUGUGAUCAAGACUGUCCAGAUGGCAGAUUUGGAGAGGGCUGCGUGCAUCCUUGUAACUGCACUGGAGCCCCAUGUGACAAAGUGACGGGACAGUGCAAGUGUCCAGCAGGGACGACAGGGGAGCACUGUGAGAGCUUGUGUCCUGAUGGCUUCUGGGGUGCAGGCUGCACACAGACCUGCCCCGUAUGUGAGAACGGAGGCGUGUGUGAUAAACACAACGGAUCUUGUAUCUGUGCUCCAGGGUUCAUGGGCAGAUCCUGCCACAACUCAUGCCCAGUUGGUCGCUUCGGUCAAGGAUGCCUGAUGAAGUGUGUGUGUGAGAACAACGCUCGCUGUGACUCAGUGAGCGGGCGGUGCACCUGCGCUCCCGGCUGGACUGGACACCACUGCAGGAAAGCCUGUGAUGCGGGACACUGGGGGGCCGACUGUGCAGAAACAUGUGACUGUAGAAACGGGGAUGGAAGCUGUGACGCUGUGACGGGACAGUGUAACUGUGAGGCUGGUUACACUGGGCCACGCUGCCAUCAGAAGUGCCCAGCAGGCAUGUUUGGUCUCGGCUGCCGACAUCGCUGUCAGUGUGAUAACAAGGCAUUGUGUGACCAUGUGAGUGGAGCCUGUACCUGCCAGGUGGGAUGGACUGGAACCUUCUGUGAAAAACCAUGUCCGCAGGGUUUCUAUGGGCUUGACUGUCAGGAGAAAUGUUUGUGUCUGAAUGGCGGGAGCUGUGACCACGUUAGCGGAGUUUGUUCAUGUCCUGCUGGCUGGAUCGGUCCCUUUUGCAACCAGACUUGCCCGACUGGCUCCUUUGGGGACGGAUGUAACCAAACCUGUAGCUGCCGUAAUGACGGCGUCUGCCACCCGGCCAGCGGACAGUGUGUGUGCACGCCUGGCUGGACCGGACCCAACUGCACUGAGGAAUGCCCUGCUGGGUUUUACGGCGCUGACUGUCGGCAGCGCUGCUUGUGUCAGAACGGAGCCACCUGUAACAAAACCAACGGAAAGUGCACAUGUGCUAAAGGAUGGACGGGGGCAGCAUGUGAACUGGAGUGUGUAGCUGGACGGUUCGGGGAGGACUGCCAGCAGCAGUGUGAGUGUGAGAACAGCGGUCAGUGUGACAGACAGAGCGGACGGUGCAGCUGCAGCUCUGGCUGGAUUGGAGAGCACUGUGAGAAAGCGUGUGAUCCUGGUCUGUUUGGUGUCGGCUGUGAGGAGAGAUGUCAGUGUGUGCAUGGAGCUUCAUGUCACCACGUCACUGGAGAGUGUCAGUGUCCGCCUGGCUGGAGAGGAAAACUCUGUGAUAAAGCGUGUUUGCCGGGUACGUAUGGAAAAGGCUGUAUGCAGCGCUGCAGCUGUGCUCAGGGAACGUCCUGCCACCAUAUCUCAGGAGACUGCGGCUGUCCUCCAGGAUUCACAGGAAACGGCUGUGAACAGACUUGUCUUCCAGGAACGUUUGGACAGAACUGUAACCAGGUGUGUCAGUGCUCACAGACUAACCAGCUCUGCCACCCAGUGUCUGGGUCAUGUUACUGCGCCCCAGGUUUCCAGGGUCCCAGAUGUGACCAGGUUUGCAGAGAGGGUCAUUACGGUCCAAACUGUGAGAGAGAGUGUGAGUGUGAAAAUGGAGGACGGUGCGAUCCCUCCACUGGGGCCUGUGAGUGUCCUGCAGGAUUCAUCGGAGCAAGCUGCAACAUCACGUGUCCUGCUGGACGGUUCGGGGUCGACUGCACUCAGGCGGCGCUGUGUGGAGACGGAGCUCAGAAUGAUCCGAUCACUGGGCGAUGUGUGUGUGAAGCUGGACGCAGAGGAGAGGACUGUGGGAAAGGCUGCCCUCCAGGCUGGUUUGGGGCAGACUGUGUCCAGCGCUGUGACUGCAGUAAUGGAGGUGUGUGUGACCCUGCAACAGGAAACUGUAGCUGUGGUCUGGGCUGGACUGGUGCACACUGUGAAAAAGAAUGCCCUGCAGGCAGGUUUGGUGCAAACUGCCAGCUGACGUGUAACUGUCAAAAUAACGGCACAUGUCACAGAGUGACGGGGACGUGUCAGUGUGGGCCGGGAUAUUAUGGACAUCUCUGUGAACACGCAUGUCCCCCUGGUCUCUACGGCCCGCUGUGUGCUCUGCACUGUGACUGUAUGAACGGGGCGUCCUGUCACCCUGUGACGGGACUCUGCAUCUGUCCUCCAGGACACCUUGGAGCUCGCUGCCACAGAGUGUGUGAACAGGGUACACAUGGCCUCGGCUGUAGCAAGGUGUGUGACUGUGAAGAUGAUGCUCCAUGUGACCCUGUGACUGGAAAAUGUCUCUGCUCCUCGGGGAAGACUGGACCCAGAUGUGACAUUGACUGCAGAGCGAAUCAUUUCGGUCCAGACUGUUCAGAAACCUGCGAGUGUAAAAACGGGGCACAGUGCGACCCACAAAACGGCCGCUGCACCUGCCUGCACAGCUGGAUCGGACUCUACUGUCAAGAAGGUGGACCUCCUCGCCUCUCUCACAGCAGCAGCAGAGACUCACAACACGACAGCAACUCAUUAUAGCACCUGGAAGACAAAAAGCCGGGACUGAUGAGCUUCUGUUUUACUGAAGAGACUCGUGUGAGUGAAAGCACGUUGUAGGAGGCAGCUGGACGACCUUCAUGGAAACAAAAAAGACUCUCUGAUGAGACGUGCUGUUUCAUGUUUGGAUCUGGGCGGGAUCAGACUUUUGUUUUGUGUGCCAAAGUGUCCUUUGAACUCUCAAAGCUGAUUUCGUCUGUCUGACCUUGCUGGUACAUCGUGAUUUUUUCACCUUCAA